UGCGCCGCCCGAGCGGCGGCGGCGGAGCAAAGGGCGCAUGCGCGCUGCUGCAGGGCUGGGGGGGGGACGGUGUCCGCCGGGUGCCUUGGUGCGCUGCUCGCCGCCUUCCCGCAGGCACAAAAUGGCGGCGGCGUCGGGGAGUCCGGUAGGGAGAUGCUGAGCGGGGUCUGGAGCCCGGCAGGCCGCGAGCAGGCUCCGACACCCACCCGCAGCAGCCUCGGCCCCGCAGCGAGCGUCGCUCCUCGCGAGGGGAGGUGUUCCGGGGGUGUGAAAAAAUGGCAAAGAGAAUUGCAGAAAAGGAACUGACUGACAGAAACUGGGAUCAGGAGGAUGAAGCUGAGGAGGUGGGAACCUUCUCAGUGGCUAGUGAGGAAGUCCUGAAGAACAGAGCUAUUAAAAAAGCAAAGCGCCGAAACAUUGGAUCAGAGUCUGAAGGUGGAGGAGCAUUUAAAGGGUUUAAAGGCUUUAUGUUGCCUUCUGGAAAAGGCAGCGGUGGCUUCAGUGGGUUUGGUAAUGGUGCAGGAAUAAAGCCUUUAGAAGGCCUGUCUAACGGAAGCAGUAGUAUCUCUAGUACUCCUUUGUUCAGCAGUUUGAAGACAACCUCUGAAACACAAUCUGUAUUUGGAUCCACCAUAUCAAAUGGUCCGGCUACUACUGCAUUUACUGAAAAGAAAGCUGCAAGUCCAAAAGCUAAUGGUGGCAGCCAACCAUCAUCUUCUGGCUAUACUCAGAGUAAAGUCUGCAGCUCUAGUGUUUAUCACAAACAGUUAGCAGCUUUAAACUGUUCUGUGCGUGACUGGAUAGUUAAGCAUGUAAACACAAACCCCUUGUGUGAUCUGACACCCAUCUUCAGAGACUAUGAGAAGUAUUUAGCAACUAUUGAACAACAACAUGGAAGCAGUAGUGAUAGUGGGUCUGAAAAUGAAAGCAGCAAGACACCUGGCACUCAGUCUGUUUCCACAUUUGGGAAUUCAAAGCUACAGCAAGGAUCAACAUUUUUGUUUAACAACAAAACUGAGGAUACCUCGGACAAAAAACCUGAAGUUACAGCAGAAAAAAGAGGCCCAUCGUUAGGAGCUACAUCAACUGUCUCAUUUAAUUUUGGCAAGAGUGUCAACAGUUCUGUUUUGGGUUCCCUUGGCUCAGGAACACUUAGUAGUUUCUCAUUCUCUCCUGGGAAUUCAGGUUUGUUUGGAAAAGACACAAACCCAACAAAGUCUCUCACUGCAGUAUCCACCAAUGUGUUAGAAGCUCAGACAGAAAGUGGGAAUAGUGAUGAUAAAGAUGGAGAAGAGAAGGAAGAAGAGCCACCAAAAGUCAUUGUUAAUGAAAUAAAAGAGGAUGAUGCUUUCUACUCAAAGAAAUGCAAACUGUUCUACAAAAAGGAUAAUGAGUUUAAAGAAAAAGGUGUAGGAACAUUACACUUGAAACCAGCAGGAAAUGAGAAAACUCAGCUCCUAGUCCGAGCAGAUACCAAUUUAGGAAACAUACUGUUGAAUGUUCUAAUUCCACCCAAGAUGCCAUGUACAAGAACUGGAAAAAACAAUGUUCUUAUAGUUUGUGUUCCUAAUCCACCAGUUGAUGAGAACAAUCCAGCUGUUCCUGUCACUAUGUUAAUAAGGGUGAAAACAAGUGAGGACGCAGAUGAGUUGCACAAAAUCUUACUGGAGAAGAAGGAGGCUUAAGUAUAUUGCAGUCAGUGAUUUCAGAAAUUAUUGCCAAACUGCUGCUGCUCUGUUUUUUUUCAUCCAUAACUUCACUUGAACACUUAAAUCUUACUCUGAUGUUAAGAACUGUUAUAGAAACUGUGGAAAAAUCUGUGAGGAAAAUCUAAACUAGCUAAUAAAAGCUUUAAUAGAACACAA